AUGGAGCUUAGAUUACGCUUCAAUUCAACAUCUAACAGCACUGCUGUGGGUUCAAAGCAGAUCGCUCCUGCUGUAGUUCUGGGUUUGUGCUGUUUGGUGGGUUUGCCAAGCAAUAUCGCAGUAAUCAUCAGCAUUGCUCGUGAGUGGAACAAACAUUUGAACUUUACCUUAAAACUAAUGGUAAACCUUGCUGUCUCUGAUGCUUUGACCCUUUGCUUGGCUCCUGUGGUGCUGUGUGGAAUACUGUUUGGAUGGAAACUCGGCCUUUGGUCUUGUAGGAUCUUAUUCUUCUUGGGUCACUGGAGUCUGUAUGUUGGUGUCCUGACGGUCACCUCCAUGAGUGUGCACCGCUAUCACAAUGUCAUCAAGUCCAGAGUCACUAACAGGAUGAUACUGCACAGACUGGAGAGACGGCACAGGCGCCUUCAGCUGAUUGCCAUCUGGAUUCUAGCCUUUGUUUUUUCCCUACCGAUAUUUUUCACUCAAGGACUCAUAGACAAGGAUGGAUUGCAGAGAUGUCAGAGGGCAAUGGAGUCUGUAGAAUCACAGUCUGUAGUAGUGACUGUUUUGCUUCUUGAGAUCCUGUUGGGGUUCGUCAUCCCAUUUUUGAUCAUGUUAACAUGUUAUCUCUGGUUGCACAAAGGUUUGAGCCAAAAAGCCAAGAGCUCCAAUUUAACUAGAGCUCCACAGAACCAGGAACCCAGAAACCAGGGGUCAAAGGUUAAGACUUACAAGAAGAGACUUGUGGUCAGCAUCGUUGUGGCUUUCUUUCUGUUUUGGACUCCUGUGCACAUCAUCAAUGUGAUUGAUAUAGUUACUACUCUGACUAAAACUUCUCAUCCAGACAUUCAUUCCCAACUGAAGUCCUUCCGUAGAGUUUAUGGUGAUAUGAGCAAGACUCUGGCUUUGCUGAACUGCUGUCUGGAUCCUUUUCUCUAUGUUUUCUUUUCAAGGAAUGUCAUAAAGUGUAGUAAGUAGAACCCCCCAUUGUUUAUUUCACAGUUACAAAUUCAACUAAUUAUUUUUGAGUUGUAAAC